CAAAAUCAUAACAAAUGCACGCAUGUUUGCCAUCUGCCACUUAACUUGAAUUAGCUGUAUUAUGGUAUUUUACUUUUAAGAGCAUAUUUUAAAGUAAUAUUGCUUUGCAUCCGCCGCAGUCUCUCACUUUUUACACAAUUUGGCAAUACAUUAAUAGCAUUUACAUGGAAGGCAGUACUCGGAAAUUGGAAGUGCUUCCAACAGCUGAUGAAGAAGAUGUCACUUGUCGCACUUUUCUUCUGAAAGAUGAGGAUCAUACAUUGGGAAAUGCACUGAGAUAUGUCAUAAGUCUUAAUCCCCAAGUUCAGCAUUGUGGUUAUUCUGUUCCUCAUCCAUCUGUACAUGACAUUAAUUUCAGGAUUCAAACUCAUGGUGUACCAGCUACUGAAGUUUUCAAAAAAGGCUUAGAAGAUUUACAGCAACUUUGUGAUCAUAUGAGUACUACUUUUCAGAAUGCAUUAAAGGAAUACAAUGAAUCGAAUGCAGAUGAUAUUGAAAAAGUAUUAGAAGCUAUGGAUGCAUAAAAAAAGCUAUGGAUGCUGUAUUAUCUAUUUGAUAUAAGUAUGUUUUCCACAUUAUAAUGUUUUGUUCUUUGUUGAAGAACAUUUGUAAAUAUGUACUACAUUUCCCUUUGAUAACCUAUAUGAAUUAUUAAAAAUAUUUUUUAAAAAAAUAAAUAUAACCA